AUGGCGGAAGCGGUUGCAGCUUUUGCUCUUGCCGGCAACGUUCUUCAAUUCGUCGAAUUCGCGACAAAGUUUGGGAACAAAUGCCUCCAGGUUCAUCAGGCUGGCGGAAGCGCUCCGAAAGAAUUGCGAGAUCUUCGGCAACUUGUGAAUAGCCAGCAUGCUUCUGCGCAGCGAUUUCAAAAGCCUAAGCACGAGCACUCAAACUUGUCGUCGGAGGGGUCCGAGAUGAGACAGAUCUCGGAGGCAUGUUCCGCGAAAUUCAACGAUAUUGUGGAGUCUCUAGAUCGGAUUGGUAUUCGGGACAACAAGUCGAUGCUUGGGAUCGUUGUCAAUGCUUUCAAAGCGACUUGGAAUGCAAAAACAAUUGAGGAUCUGAGAAAAGAAGUCGAUUCUUUUAGCCAGAUUCUGAACACUUCCCUGCUUGGCUCUUUGAGAGAUUACGCUGCGAAGUCAGAAGAACAACAAGCUGUCAUUCUACAAAAGCUCGAUCUCGUCCAAGACCAUGCCGGGACAUUCACAAGUACCUCCCGUGUGCAAGAUGAAGAUACUACCUGGAAUGCACCCGGCGAUGCGCUCAUUGCCUCCAUUGUCAGUUCUCUCAAAGCUGAACCUCCAGAGCGUCUUAAGAGGGCCAAAGAACUUCGAAGUGGUAUCCUCCAGCGGAUUCAUUCGGACUCGACGGGUACUAGGGUGGGUGAUGCUACGGACUCGAGCUUUCAGCCAAUGAACCUGUCUCAGGAUCGCGAAACACAACUUCAGGCUACGUUUUUAGCAAGCUUUGUCUACAGAUCCAUGGACGAUCGGCAUUCAGGAAUCAUCAACGCUCACAAGGAGACAUUUCGGUGGAUAUUCGAGCGUCGUUCAAACGAUUCAGACAAGGAUGAAAAAUGGUCAAACUUCGAUGACUGGCUCAGGUCCGAUGAUCAGCUCUACUGGAUUACGGGAAAAGCUGGUUCCGGAAAGUCAACGUUGAUGAAAUACAUUUGUGGCUCGGCCUCAGAGAACGAGGAGAAAAAUCAUGAAGAAGAGCUGACAACUCCAUUCGAGCGAUGCCAGGAGGGCCUACAGGAGUGGGCUGGAGGCCGAUCAGUGAUAAUCGCGUCCUUUUACUUCUGGGCCUCCGGGAAUGAGUUAGAAGCGUCUCCAAAAGGUCUUUACCUGUCUCUCAUAUUCCAGAUCCUCCAGCACUACCCGGAACUGAUACCACGCGUGGCACCUACAUCUUGGGAAGCAAUGUCUUUGUUUGGCGAGAAGCCUCCCCCGAUGACAGAACCCGAGCUGGAAGCUCUGCUUCGGCUAGUCGUACUGGAAGCUCAGAAAGAACGAAACAUUUGUCUUUUCAUUGAUGGUCUUGACGAAUUUUCGGGCGAGUCAAACAAGCUCAUUGAUCUGAUCGAGAUUAUCCUUCGCUAUCCAAAGGUGAAGGUUUGCGUCUCUAAUGCUACAUUGCUGAGAACUUCGCUGAAGAUGCGGGAUAUCGAAGACUAG